AUGGCUGAAGAAUCUUUCGUGAUUUUCGGUGGACCGUGUGCAAUUGACUACACAGUGAACAAUAAAAGUUUGGCAGAACAUGCAUUUAAGAGCCUUAAAGCGAAUGGAAAUGAAGUUGCAAUUAUCGAUGGAGUGUCCGGAGAAAUUAUCACAUACAGCGCUCUUUUAGACAGGGCGUUGACUCUGCUGAAAUACCUCCAGAAGAAGGGCAUCGGCUCAGGCGAUAUCAUUGGAAUAUGUUGCGAAAAUCGACUGGAAUUUCCAGUUGUGGCGCUCGCCACGAUCUUCGCCGGAGCCACACUCUCGACCCUCAAUCCCAGAUACGUUAAUCGAGAGAUCAAGCAUGUCUUGGAUCUCACAACACCGAAACUGGUCUUUGUCACUUCAUUGGCCUUGGGCAGCAUCAUGGAAGUGAGCAAAGGAAUGAAGUGCAUCAAGGAAAUCAUUCAAUUAGAGAACGAAUCGGAUGCCAGAGUAUCUGGAAUUGCAAGAUUUGAUGAGAUUUUACGUAAUCCGAAGUAUAGAAUGAGCCAAGAAGAGUUCCAAUUGCCUUCCACGAGCAGUUUGGAUGCUCAUGAUGCAUUUAUCUUGAUGUCCUCAGGCACAACGGGAAUGCCUAAAGGAGUUGUUCUUUCGGACAGAAAUAUCUUAGCAGCUUUUGUUUUUCUGGAGUAA